CCAGAACCUCUUCGAGGUAUAUAUAUCUGAUCAAAGCAAGCGCUCUCUCCGCGUCACCGUGAUCACCGGUUUACAUAGCGCGACCGAAAGAAAAGAUGGAAAAAGGAAAUCCCCGCCAUAUUGUUUCCGCAAAGCCGAAACAGAAUCAUAUCGACAACAAAAUCAAAAAGAGGGUUUCAAGGGCCUGCAAUCGCUGUAGAACAGAAAAGGCAAAGUGUGACGGUGCAGACCCUUGCCACCGGUGCAGGGCUUCCGGUACGAACUGCACAUUUCAAAGGACUACAGGAGCCAAGGACAGGGCCAUGCCUAAAAGGCAAGGCACUGAAGGCACUGCAUGGUCGCGGAUUUGACACGACCGUGGCUGAUAUGGAUAGAUACGUCGAAAUGCUCGAGAGCGAUCGCCAGCGCCUGAUUGAUGGGCUCCGGAAGUUGUAUCGAUACACCAGUGGAGGUUGUCCCCGAGGCUCGUU